AUGCAACAACAAUAUUCUUCUGAGCAUGCAUCAUUGGAUUCUAAAAAUAUUUCAACUGCUGAACUAAUUAUUGGAACUGUUACUUAUGUAAUAAUAAUUAUGAUAACAAUCGUGGGAAAUUCACUCGUCGUUAUUUCUGUAUUCAGUUAUCGACCAUUGAAAAAAGUGCAAAAUUAUUUUUUGGUUUCAUUAGCAGCAUCAGAUUUAUGUGUUGCAACAUUUGUUAUGCCACUUCAUGUUGUUAAAUUUAUUGCUGGUGGACGAUGGUUAUUAGGAAUGACCUUAUGUCAUAUAUUCACAACAGCUGAUAUAAUGCUUUGUACAUCAUCGAUUUUAAAUCUUUGUGCAAUAGCAUUGGAUCGUUAUUGGGCAAUUCAUGACCCAAUUAAUUAUGUUCAUAAAAGAACAUUGAAAUUUGUUUGCCGUACAAUAGCUGUGGUUUGGUUAGCAAGUGCAUGUAUUAGUGUACCACCAAUAAUUGGCUGGAAUGAUUGGUCAAGUGAAAGUUUAAAAACCCAUUGUGAAUUAACAACUGAAAAAGCAUUUGUUGUUUACUCAGCUAGUGGUUCAUUUUUUGUGCCUCUUGCUGUAAUGGUUAUUGUUUAUGUAAAAAUAUUUCUUGCUGCACGACAACGAAUCAGGAAAAAUUGGAGUCGGAGUGCGUUAUCUGGUGGAAAUAAAUUUCAAAUUAGACGACCAAACAUGCGCAAAAAUAAUCUUCAAACAUUCGGUAAUGCAACUUUCGUUUCAACUGAUAAUUGUAGUGGAAUUCGUGAAAUGGCUGUAACACGAAGCAGUCAUACUCACAGCAGUGAUAUUUUAUCCAGUAAUUCACGAUUUGCUGUGAAAACAUUAAACAAUGGGGCAAAGGAUCAAACUGCAACUGCUGUAAGGCAACGUGAACAAAUUAGUGUAUCUAAAGAGAAACGAGCAGCAAAAACAAUUGCUGUUAUUAUUUUUGUAUUUUCAUUUUGUUGGCUUCCAUUCUUUUGCGCAUAUGUUAUAAUACCAUUUUGUAAUUCAUGCUAUGUUCAUCCAAAGAUCAUGCAAGCAUUUAUUUGGCUUGGUUACAUUAAUUCAUCGCUCAAUCCAUUCCUUUAUGGGAUAUUAAACUUGGAAUUUCGUCGAGCAUUCGAAAAAAUUUUGUGUCCCAAAUUGGCUGAUUUCAACCGUAGGAUUAGAACACGUCAAAAUAAAUAA